CAACACAACAGAGGUGUAGAGAAAAUUCAUUGAAACUAAAGCAACAACAGCAGCCAACAAAAUAAAUAGUUCAUAAAAGAAUAGUUGGGCGAAUUUGCAUUGCCAAAAAGUGGCUGCAAUUCCUGUUCUUGUGGUCGUGUAAAGGUGGUCCUAGUGAACGAGACCGAAAAAGAGAUAAUGCGGUGCGGCUUCGGUAGCCUGCUGUGAGUGCGUGGAAAAAAUCAAUUCGAAGCGAGACAACAGAAUCGACAAAAUGAGCAGCUGCAGCAGCAGCAUUACUCAGGAUACAGGAGGAGACACGACGGACAGAAAUCUGGAUAUUAUUCAGGAUAUGAUUGAUCUCUCGGCCAACCAUUUGGAAGGUCUGCGAACGCAGUGUGCCACAAGUUCCAUGUUGACACAGCAGGAGAUUCGCUGUUUGGAGUCGAAGCUGGUGCGUUUCUUCUCUGAACUGCUAAUAACCAAGAGUCGUUUGAACGAGCGGAUACCAGCUAAUGGUUUGUUGCCCCAUCACGAUGCCACUGGAAACGAAUUGAGGCAAUGGCUGCGUGUGGUUGGUCUGGGCCAGGAGACACUCAAUAUAAUAUUGAGUAAGGUAAAGUCGCUAGAGGAAACGUUAAAAAUGAGUGAUGAAGAGUUAAAGGAUAUUUUGAUCGAGCAUUCUGAAAAUCAGCAUCGGGAGGAGGAGAUGCGUCGACUGACCAGGGCCAUGCAAAAUCUACGAAAAUGCAUGGAAACUCUUGAAGACGGGUCAGCUCCUUCGGUGGCGGGUAUUGGUGACCCCGAGCAAUGGCAUUGGGACUCCUGGGACAGACAAACACAUCAUCGUGGGAGCAUAGGGCCAGUCACAGGUUUGGGUCUGGCUACAGCCUCGCCCCGACUUCAUCAUAGGAACAAAGGGGCAAAAAGUGGCGGCGGCGGAAGUACUUCCACCUCUACUACCUCUACAAUACAAGCAGCUCCUGAGGAGCUAAGUUCCAGCAGCCGACAAGGCUCUCAACUGACCUUAAUUCUAACGCCCUCUCCACCUAAUUCGCCCUUUACGCCUAGUUUAAGCGGUAUAACUGGAGGAGGCGGCGGCAGCGGGAGCUUAAAUGGAACUCCACAGAGAAGCCGAAAAACCCCGCCCCCUGCUAAAAAGCAUCAGACAACUUUACUAGAAGCUGGUACAGCAGGACUUGCAGAUGAUUUACUGCCACGAAGUCGUCUACACACCGAUCCCAGUCCCGACAGCCAUAGCUCAGCAAGUAGUACGGACAUCUUUGCGGAUGCAACAAGCUCUUCGAGUUCCUCCAAUGUUCUGCAAGUGCCGUGCUCUUCGCCUGGUGUCGUGGGUGUCGGAGUAGGUGCCGGUGUUGGACAUGUGGGGAUGGGUCAUGCCAUUAAGCAUCGCUUUAGCAAAGGUUUUGGACUAUUAGGUCACUGUACAUUGUGCCAAAAGCAAUUAUUUCCCCCUUACCUAAAGUGCAGCGACUGCAAAUACAUUUGUCACUUUCGAUGUGGGCCCCACGUUCCACCAUCGUGUGGAUUGCCAAAGGGAUAUGUGGAUGAAUUUCGUCAACGUAAAGAACAAGUUGGUUACUCUGCAACAUUGCCACAUGUCCAUAGUAAAGGAUCACCAAUGGUGAAUAAACAGCAGCAGCAGAUUUGUGGUGAUAGCAGUUCACCAAGCUCAAGUUGCACCAGCUCCACUCCCAGCAGUCCGGCAUUGUUUCAGCAGCGGGAAAGGGAUCAAGAACGCCAGCGUGAGAGGGAACGUGAUCAAAGCGGAUCAACCCCAUUGACGCAUAAUCAGACUAAAAGUCAAUUUUAUUAUCCCAAUGUUACUAUCACCAGUAGUAAUCAAGUGGAAACUUUGUUAACAAACAGCGAGGAACUCACGUCGGAAAGCUCCACCAUUACAGCUGGUACCAAUUUUUCUUCAUCCAACUCUUGCACACCCUCCUACUCCAAUGGCAACAACAACUCUCAGCAGCAAAGCAAUAACCAUAACAAUAAUAAUUCGACGAACGGUCACCAACAACUUCUUCACAAUAGCCAGCCCCUAAUUAAUAGUCAAGCUUCCAAUGCAUCCAGUACGUCCUCCUCGUCGACCAUCACCAGUUUCUUUCCGCGAAAAUUGAGCACAGCUGGUGUGGACAAGCGAUUGCCUUUCACUUCAGAGUAUACGGACACGCACAAGUCAAAUGAUAGCGAUAAGACCACUACAGUGUCGCUUUCGGGAAGUGCAAGCACUAGCACAGAUUCGGAUCGCACUCCCGUAAGAGUUGACUCAACUGAGGACGGGGAUUCCGGUCAAUGGCGGCAAAAUUCCAUAUCUUUAAAGGAAUGGGACAUACCCUAUGGAGACUUGCGGGUGCUUGAGCAAAUUGGGCAAGGUCGCUUUGGCACUGUUCACCGUGCGUUGUGGCAUGGACCUGUGGCAGUCAAAUUACUUAAUGAGGACUACUUGCAGGAUGAGCAAAUGCUUGAAACAUUUCGCAUGGAGGUGGCCAAUUUUAAAAAGACGCGACAUGAAAACUUGGUACUAUUUAUGGGUGCCUGCAUGAAUCCACCAAAUCUGGCCAUUGUCACGUCUCUUUGCAAGGGCAAUACUUUAUACACGUACAUUCAUCAAAGGAAAGAGAAGUUUCCUAUGAAUCGCAUUUUGUUAAUUGCCCAACAGAUUGCCCAAGGAAUGGGGUAUCUCCAUGCCCGUGAUAUCAUCCACAAAGAUCUGCGUACAAAGAACAUUUUCAUCGAAAAUGGUAAAGUGAUCAUCACGGAUUUUGGUCUCUUUAGCUCUACAAAACUAUUAUACUGUGAUAUGGGCCUGGGUGUGCCACAUAACUGGUUGUGCUAUCUGGCCCCGGAAUUGAUACGGGCUUUACCUGCCCGUAAGCCUACCGCUGGAGAGUGUCUAGAGUUUACACCCUAUUCGGAUGUCUAUUCCUUUGGCACAGUCUGGUAUGAACUGAUAUGCGGUGAAUUCACCUUUAAGGAUCAGCCGCCUGAAUCCAUCAUCUGGCAAGUGGGUCGUGGCAUGAAGCAAUCUCUGGCUAACCUUCAGUCGGGAAGAGACGUUAAGGAUCUUCUGAUGCUAUGCUGGACCUAUGAAAAAGAACAUCGUCCCGAAUUUGCUCGCUUGAUGUCACUGCUUCAGCUUUUGCCCAAGAAACGUUUGGCACGAAGUCCCUCGCAUCCGGUAAAUCUAUCACGAUCCGCGGAGUCGGUAUUCUAGACCUGAGUUCUCUUUAACCAUAUAUAUAUAUAUAUAUAUACAUAUAUAGAUAUAAAGUCUAGUACAAUUACCAUGUUAUACAAUAUAAAAAAAAAGAUACAAAUUCAUUGUUGUUGUGUAAAAGUUG